UAGAUUAAGAAUCUCAUUAAGAUUUUAACUGGUUGAAAGGUAAGCUCUUUUAUAUUUUUUAAAAUGUCACUUUUAAUAUAGCAAAAUAUAAAACUUACUAAUAAUCUUUUUUUUUAAUUUUUAGUUGUUUAUUGAUUUUUCUCUUCCCUCCUCCCCAUAACUACUGGACACUUCUCAGAUAUUGUCUUUGAAAUGAAGUUGAAACAAUUUCACUGCAGGGGCACUCCCAGUCCAGAAUUAGGAUGGAAUUUUGCAGAUGAAUACCCCACACAGUAGAGAAUUCUACCACCACUCAGCUGUAAGGUUGACCCCAAUUAUCCCACUUUAAGACUCAGAGCCUGGGACUGCUUAUGUGAGACCCAGAAAUCUGGUGCAGGCACCAGUCAACAUAAUUUACUACUGAGCAGGCCUGGUGUUCCUUAAGCCUGUUAUUGAGGACAGAAACAUGGAACUGGCCAGAAGAUGCACUGAAAUUAUAAGUGAUAUUCACUAUAAAGAAGAGUAUGAAAAAUCUAAAGGCAAGUUCACAUUUGUAUCUGACACCCCUCAGUUAAAACAUGUGAAAAAUAUGAGUGCUUUUAUUUCUGAGGCAAAGUACAAAGGAUCUGCUAAAAAAGACCUUUCCAAUUCUCUGUAUAAGCAGAUGCCAGCCACAAUUGACAGUGUGUUUGCAAGAGAAGUUACACAGCUUCAGAGCAAGGUACUCUACAAACAGAAACAUGAUGCUGAAAAAGGGACAUCAGAUUAUGCACAUAUGAUAGAGCCCCCAGAUGUUAAGCAUGCUAUGGAAGUCAAUAAACACCAGAGUAAUGUAUCAUAUAAGAAAGAUGUGCAAGAUACACACAGAUACACUGAAGUGCUGAACAGGCCAGACAUAAAGAUGGCAAGCAAGAUAACAAAGAUAAUAAGCAAUGCUGAAUAUAAGAAACAAAGAGGAGAAAUGAAUAAGGAGACUGCUGUACUCGGAAGACCAGAUUUUGAGCAUGCUAAGGAAGUUUCUAAACUUUUAAGCCAAGUUAAAUACAAAGAGCAAUUCAAUAAGGAAAUGAAGAAUCACCAGUAUAACCCUCUUGGCAGUGCUUCUUUCAAGCAAGCACAGAUGGCAUCCACCUUGGCGAGUGACGUGAAAUACAAAAAAGAUAUGGUGGAAAGUCUACACAAUCCAGCUUCAGACCUACCAAACUUGCUAUAUUUAGAGCAUGCUUUAAAUGCCAGCAAAAUGCUCAGUAAUUAUGAAUACAAGAAACUCUUUGAGAAAAGCAAGGGGCACUAUCAUUUUGCCCUGGAUACAACUGAACAGAUGCAUCACAAAGAAAAUGCUGUGCUCCAAAGUCAGGUUAAGUACAAAGAGGAUUAUGAAAAAUCAAAAGGCAGGUCAAUGAUGGAGUUCAUGGAUACACCAAUUUAUCAAGUUUCAAAAGAUGUUCAAAAGAUUCAAAGUGAGAAAGCAUAUCGCAAAGAUUUUGAAGAAGGGCUUAAAGGAAAGGCAUCACUGGAUUUAGACAAGACCCCAGAAUUCUUGCAUGUACAACAUGUCACCAAACUUUUGAAAGGGAAAGAGUAUAGAAAAGAUUUGGAAGAAGGGAUGAAAGGAAAAGGACUGACAGUGUUUGAAGAUACUCCGGAUUUGAUUAGAGUGAAAAAUGCAGCCCAGAUACUGAAUGAGAAAGAAUAUAGAAAAGAUCUGGAAAAGGAAAUAAAGGGGAAAGGAAUGACACUAAUUCCAGAUAUUCCUGACAUUCGGAGAGCAAAAAGAGCAUCUGAAAUUGUUAGCGAGAAAGAAUACAAGAAAGACCUGGAGACUGAAAUUAAAGGGAGGGGCAUGCAAGUGGGCACAGACACCCCUGAGAUACAACGGGCCACAAAAGCUUCUGAAAUUGCAAGCCAGAAAGAAUACAAGAAAGACCUAGAGACUGAAAUUAAAGGGAAGGGGAUGCGAGUAGGCACAGAUACCCCUGAGAUACAACGAGCCAAGAAAGCUUCUAAAAUUGCAAGCCAGAAAGAAUACAAGAAAGAUCUGGAGAUUGAAAUUAAAGGGAAGGGGAUGCAAGUGGGCACAGAUACUCCUGAGAUACGAAGAGCCAAAAGAGCUUCUGAAAUUGCAAGCCAGAAAAUGUACAAAGAUGAAGCAGAGAAGAUGCUCUGUAACUACUGUACUAUACCAGAUACUCCAGAAAUUGAGAGGAUUAAGAAUACUCAGAAAAACAUCAGUUCAGUAUUUUAUAAGAAGGAUGUAGGCUCUGGUACACCAGUCAAAGAGACUCCUGAGAUUGAACGAGUAAAGAAAAAUCAGCAGAAUAUUAGUUCAAUAAAAUACAAAGAAGAAGUGAAGCAUGCCACAGCAAUUUCGGAUCCCCCAGAAAUAAGGAGAGUUAAGGAAAACCAGAAGAAUAUUAGCAAUGUUCAGUACAAAGAGCAGCCUUGUAAAGCUACGCCUGUGACUGUCACCCCUGAGAUGGAAAGAGUCAAGAAGAAUCAAGAAAUUGUCAGCUUGGGAAGUUGCUUUAAUUUUUCAUUUAAUUUUAUUUUUAUCCUUAAAUAAUCAUCUGAUCUAUAGAUUUCUUACAAAACAAGUCUCCCCAAAGAUGUUUGUUUUCCUUAGUUGAGCAUAUAUUCAAAAAGAAAUAUAUAUAUUAAUGGAAACUUCCAGAAUAACAGUUGCCAAAGGAUCUAUUAACAAGGCCAUUGCAUGAUUCAGGAAAUGAAACUUGAUACAGGCUUCUGGGUUAAACCAAUACCCACAAUUUUAUUAAAUAAAAUAUUAGAAGCAAAACUUCUCCCCCUCUUUCAGGUCACAAAUCUGACUAAUGCAGUCCUCCAGAUGUUUCUCUGGCCAUAAAUGGCUACAAUUAAGUGUGGACUUUAAUUAAUCCCUCCUUUGUCCGUCUUCUUCUCCCCCCCAAAAACUGCCCCAAACUGAUAUCCAAUGACAAAAAAGCCCACCUCAAAAUCCUACUGUUGGGCAGAAAGAUGUGUAAGAAGGCAGAGCAUUUAGUUAUCUUACUUCACCAUCCUUGCAUUCCUGAAGCACUAUCUUCAUCCUUUCUAAUCUAUCUUCAAAGACACACUGGCUACCCUGCUUAGCUGGACUUCCAAAGGGUGUGUGAGGUAACAGGGCUGCUUGUGCAGUGGGAUCUUCCCACCUAGAGAUUUUGAGGGUUGGAGCCAACUAAAUCAAAGGUGACUGCAGCAAAGGCAAUGAGGAAAUGUGAGUCUGUUUGGCUCCAAUUUUCCUCCAUUUAUACCACCAGCCAAAGUGUCUAUCCUCACCAUCUAGAAGUUAGCUGCUUUCAUAGAUUCAUAGAUUUUAAGACCAGAAGGAACUAUUAUGAUCCUCUGGUCUGAUCUCCUGCAUAACACAAGCCACAGAACCUUACACAGCAUUUUCUGCAUCAAACCCAUAACUUCUCUUUGAUCCAGGGCAUAUCUUUUAGUCAGGCAACCAGUCUUCAGGUAAAGAUUUCAAGUGACGGAAAAUCCACCACAUCCAUAUAUAAGUUGUUGUAAUGAUUAGUAGCUCUCACUGUUAAAAAUCUGUGCCUUAUUUCUAGUCUAAAUGUAUUUAGCUUCAUCUUCCAACCAUUAGAUCUUAUACUUUUUUCUACCAGAUUAAAGAGCUGUCUGGUAUCAGAAAUAUCUUCCCUGUAUGUAGGUACUUGUAGCCUAUGAUCAAGUCGCUUCUAACCUUUUCUUGGAUAAAUUAAAUAGAUUUAUCUUCUUUAGUCUUUCGCUAUUAUAUAUGAUUUCCAGACCUCUAAUCAUUCUUGUAGCACUUUUCUGAACCCUUUUCAGGUUUUCAACAUCCUUUUUGAAGUGUGAUCACCAGACAUAGUAUUCCAGUAAUGGUUUUACUAUUGCUGUGUAGAGAAGUAAACUGCCUCCCUAAUCCAACUGGAUUUUCUCCUACUUAUGUAUCUAAGGAUCAAUGCCACUUCAUAAUGGCAUUGCACUACGAGCUCA